GUGCCGCAGAUGAUUACAAUAGAAUUGGUUCUUCGUUAUAUGCUUUAGGAACUCAGGAUUCUACAGAUAUAUGCAAGUUUUUUCUCAAAGUUUCAGAACUGUUUGAUAAAACAAGAAAAAUAGAAGCACGAGUGUCUGCUGAUGAGGACCUCAAACUUUCUGACCUUUUAAAAUAUUACUUAAGAGAAUCUCAAGCUGCUAAGGACCUGCUCUAUCGAAGAUCCAGGUCGCUAGUGGAUUAUGAAAAUGCUAAUAAAGCACUGGAUAAAGCCAGAGCGAAAAAUAAAGAUGUUCUGCAGGCUGAAACGUCCCAACAAUUAUGUUGUCAGAAAUUUGAAAAAAUAUCGGAAUCUGCAAAACAAGAACUUAUAGAUUUUAAGACAAGAAGAGUUGCCGCCUUCAGAAAAAAUUUAGUGGAACUGGCAGAGUUAGAACUGAAGCAUGCAAAGGGCAACCUCCAGCUGCUGCAGAACUGCCUGGCGGUGUUGAACGGAGACACAUAAGCCGCGCUCCACCUUCCGGUCACAAAGGGCUGCCUUCCUCCAGACGUCGUUUCGUUUCCUCGAUGACCUUAGGCCUUUCCCGCUCACUGGAAACCAGGCGCCAGCCGGCAGGGCGUCCCGGCUCCUUCCCUCCGAGGGACGCGGGGGGCCGGGCGGCUGCGUGGGGGCGCUCCCCGGGCGCCGCCGCCUCGGAGCCCGCAGUUCAGCCUCUUUCGCAGUAGCCUCUCUAACUGUGUUUCUUUCCUGAGUAGUGUUCCUUUGCCGCCAGUCUGGUUUGCCUUUACGUAAUUUCUGAAGUUUAACCCUUUCGAAACGCAUUGUUCCAACAAGAUAAAGAUGGCCGUUGCCUUUCUUUGAAUUUUGUGUUCAGCAAGCAGUGUGUACCACCUUAGUACCACUCAUGUAUCCUGGAAAGCAUCUUAAUCAGACUUAUUUUUAAUUAUGAACAUUUCUUAGAAGUUUGGGGACAGACUUUAUGUACUCUUUCUAAGUAUGACUUCUGAAGAACAGCAAAUGCGUUAGUAUGUUUGCCUUAAACUUGUAGACUAAACCGACUCUUGUCAAUAAACAGUGAUGACAG